AUGAUACCUACAAUUAUAGAAACCUCUGAAACCGAAUCGUUUUCGGAAAAGUGCUACAUCCCAGAAGAGACCACUUCUCUUGAUGACUUGUUUGCAGACUUGAAGAAGGAAACAUGUUCUGCACCUGCUGUGGAAGACUACAGAUCCAUCGAAAAAUCCAUUCAAAACUUGCCCAAAAUAAAUGCCAGCUUGGAAUCAAAACUAGAUAAAAAGCCUAUCCGAAUCCAUGACCCGGUAGGAGCAAAACCCGCUCAGACGUCCGACAAUGGAUGGUUUAAUAUGAAACAGCCAGAAAUGACACCUGAAAUUAAAAGGGAUCUACAAAUAAUAAAACAAAGAAGUGCGUUGGACCCCAAGAGGCACUAUAAAAAGGAUAAAUGGCAAAUCCCUAAAUUCUUCCAGAUGGGAACAAUCAUUGAAGGCAAUACCGAAUUCUACUCAUCAAGAUUAAAAAGAAAAGAACGUGGUAAAACUAUGGUUGAAGAGUUGCUACAUGAUGACAACACCAAGAAAUACUUCAAGAGAAAGUACCACGAAAUACAACAAUCCAAAACCAGUGGCCGUAAAGGUUUUUAUAAAAAAGUGAAAAAUGCUAGGAAGAAAUAUUAA